AUGAUCCGACUUGAUGUCUUUUCCAGUUUUUUCAAGGUUCUGCUGCUGCUCGCAACUGCGGCAACGAUUCUCUUCUCCCUCCGCUCUGAGGAACUUGAUGCGCGGUUGAAGGGUGAAUACUACGCACUCUUGUUAGCCAUCACCUUUGGGAUGUUCCUGAUGACAUCGUCGACGAAUCUGUUGAUGAUAUUUAUCUCGUUGGAAAUGGUAAGUCUUACCUCCUAUAUUCUUGCUGGGUUCUUAACGCAUAACCCUCGUGCCAGUGAAGCCGCGUUCAAAUACAUCACGUUUGGUGCAGUCGCUUCUGGAACCAUGCUCUUUGGGUUGUCGCUUCUGUUUGGAAUGGCUGGCAGCGGCGAUCUCGGUCAAAUUAGUGUGCGACUCACGGAACUCCUCGCAUCUGGAGAGGUGGCUCCGCUUGCCGUGCUGAUCGCAAUAACCUUCGUCCUUGCGGGUGUAGGCUAUAAGAUAGCCUCAGUCCCAUUUCACAUGUGGUCCCCUGACGUUUACGAAGGCGCGCCUAUUCCGAUAACCGCCUUUCUGUCAGUCGCUUCAAAAUCCGCAGGGUUUGCCCUGUUCAUCAGGUUUUUCUACUCCGGAUUUGGCAACUCUGAAUUAAUGCAGGCUGUUGAUUGGACCUUUAUGUUGGCAAUAGUCUCCGCAUUGACGAUGGUUGUCGGAAAUCUCGCCGCUUUGCCACAACAGAAUGUGAAACGCUUAUUAGCAUAUUCCAGCAUUGCACACGGUGGUUACCUUUUGAUGGGUGCUGUCCUGCUCACCUCUGAAGGCAUCGGCGCGAUCCUCUUCUAUCUCGUUGUCUAUCUCUUUAUGAACUUGGGCGCGUUUUAUGUCGUUGUUCUGAUUGCGAAUGAGGAGGGGAGCGAAAUGAUUGAGAGCUACCGGGGUCUCGCCUCGCGUGCGCCGUUGGUCGCUUGGGCAAUGGCGAUUUUCCUCUUUUCGCUGACCGGGAUUCCGCCGUUCGCGGGUUUCUUCGGAAAAUGGCUACUCUUUGCCGCUGUCCUUGAGCAAGGGUAUUAUUGGCUCGCACUUGUCGGUCUGCUCAGUAGCGUCGUCUCGCUCUACUAUUAUGCCCGCAUUGUGAAAGCGAUGUUUCUCGAAGAUCCCGGCGAAGAAACAACACAGAUCUCCUUUUCUACCGGCACUUUUGCCCUCUUGAGCGUCUUUGUCAUCCCAACGAUCCUCAUCGGGUUCCUCAAUAUUUUCUAUACCUUUUCCAAUAUCUCAGUCUCGGUCAUACCGAUGCAGUAA